AUGACUGAGGCUUUGGGGACUGGGCGUCAGGACUCAUGUCCAGCCUUCAAAACCUUAGAUGCCAACUUAAGCCUCAAGGAGCUAGAAGAUUUAGCUAUGAAUAAUAAUGCUGAAGCGCAGUAUUUACUUUCAAUUGCAUAUAAUAAGAAAAAAACACACGAAAAGCUUCUACAAGCAAAUGAACUUCUCACUAAAUCUGCAAGUGCUGGUUAUGCGCCAGCGCAAUACAAGCUCGGAAAGUUGAUUUUAAACAGAAAAACUUAUUCAAAUAAUAUAACUAAAGGAAUGUCACUUCUAAACAGUGCAUCCAAUGCAAAAUAUAUUCCUGCAAUAAUUUUACUCGCACAUAUUUACGAAAAUGGUUUAUUCGUCAAAGCUGAUGUAGAAACUGCAGUUUGUCUUUAUAAAAAAGCUGCUUCACUCGGUAAUGGCUCUGCAGAAAAUGCUCUAGGAUCAUUUUACCAGAAAGGAAAUAUGGGAUUGCCACAAUCAACAGAACAAGCUUUAGAACAUUACACAAAUGCUGUAAAGCUGGGGAAUUCGAUUGCCAAAUUCAAUCUCUCAGUUUUACUAAAAGAACAAGGAAAAACAGAAGAGGCUCAAAAACUCUUAUUAGAAGCAUCAAAUGAAGGAGUUCCACAAGCGCAGUUUAAUUUAUCAUUAACCCUCGAUUCAACGAAAGACAGAAACGAAUAUAUAAGGCUAGUUAAAAGCGCAGCCGACGCAGGCUUAACAAAAGCUUGUUAUGCGUAUGGAUGUGCCAUCGAAGGCGAUAAAAACGGAAAAGACCUCGAAUACUUACUGAAGGCUGCUGAUAAAGGACAUCCUCACGCUCAGCUUAAAUGUGGAAUUCUUCUAAAAUCUAAAGAUUCAACAUUGUCAAGAAGAUAUCUCGAACAGGCAAAGAAGAAAUUACCAGAAGCACAGACAGUAUUUGAACAGGUCAUUUCAGAAGCAAAAGGCCACGAUGCCGAGUCAUUAUACCAAAGAUAUUUAUAUCUUCGCGACAAAGACCCAGCUGAAGCCAUUACUUGCCUUGAAAAAGCCUCAAACUCAGGCCACAGAGACGCAAUGAUACAUUACGCUGAUGAAUGCGACAAAGGCGAAAUAACUCCUCAAAAUAAUUCCAGAGCUAACGAUAUUAACCAAAGAUUAGCCGAGAAGGAUGAUGGAGCAGCCCUUAACAACCUCGGAAGAGCAUACGAACUUGGUCGCGGAGUCGAAAUAGAUCUGAAACAGGCCGAGGAGUGUUAUAGACGAGCUCUAGGUAACAAAUCCCUUAUUGGUGGCCUGAACUAUGCACGAUUGCUAUGGAAUCAGCGCCAUUUCGUCAAAGCUGGAACAGUAUACAAAGAUUUGUAUGCACAAAGUCCGGAAGGUCCGGCCAUCAUGUAUUUCUAUGGACGUGCUAUUAUCAAGAAAUCUAUUGAAGAGAACGCUGAUACAGACGGUGUUGCUUUGGUGAAGAAAUCUGCUGAUCUCGGUUUUCCUCUUGCUGUUCAUAACUACGCUGUCAUGUUAUAUACUGGUGAUGGAGUGACACGUGAUGUUGAACAGGCAAUUAAGUUAUUUAGAGAAAGCGCAAAGCAAAAUCGACCAGAUUUCAAAUUUGCACUCGCUCAGAUUUUAAUGAACGGCUAUGGAGCUGACAAAGAUGAAAAGGAAGGACUGAAAUUAAUAACAGAAUGCAGCGAAUGGGGAUAUUUGCCGGCAAUGAUCGUUCAUGCGAAAUACAUCUUAGAAAAGGACGUUACGAACAGACCACAUGCUAUCGAAUUGCUUAAAACAGUCGCUGAGAAGACUGAAGUAUUCCCUCAGUUCCAGGAAGUUCAAAGUGAAGCUCAAUUGUUAUAUGCAAACAUCCUGAAGGGAGAAGGUAAAACUGAGGAAGCUAAGAAGCAUUUCCAGGCUGCAGCUAUGAGUGGAAAUACUGUCGCAAUGCAGGCGCUUUUGUUGUUUUGA